GUUAAGUUAACAUGGGAGAAGAAGUAAGUUAGAUUUUAAUAAUGAUCAAUAUGUCAUGACUGUUUUUUUAUUAUCAUUUAUUCUAUUUCGCUGGUUGAAAUCAUGAGUCAGUUGAAGCUAGACCACUGUGGAAGACCUGGAAGCACUGGCACGAGACUGAUAGGUCCUCGGUUCGAAUCUCGCGGGGUGCAGGAUCGUGGAUGCGCACUGCUGAGGAGUCCCAUACUAGGACGAAACGGCCGUCCAGUGCUUCCAUGUUUUCCAUGGUGGUCUAGCUUCAAUUGACUCAUGAUUUCAACCAGUGAAAUUUCUGAAAUCUCCACAAAACCCCUUCUGAUAUUUAUUCUAUUGCAAAAAAUUAUAUUGAUUACCAAACGAGUAAAGUUGAGUGUUAAAUAUUAAAUAUGGUUAAUGGUCAGAAUAGUGUAAAGAAAAGGUAAGUACAUCUAACUGAAUUAUUGCUAGUUGUGAUAAGGAGUGGAAGUUUUUUUACAUAUUAAAUAUAAUAACAUAACAACGAUGGGUUAUUGUGUUUGAGUAACUAUACUGAACCUAAUACUUUUAUUAAAUACCAAACUCUGUCAUGACUGUAUGGAAGAAAUAUAGAGAAUUUCGUCUAACAACAAAUAUGUUUAUUGAGAAAGAUUUCGUCUACGAAAACUAAACAGUUUUACCUACUGUACUACUGUGAAAGCAAUCUUACUGUUCCAGUUGUACAGUUAUAAAACCAAAUAAUUAAGAGAUUAUAUAUCUUACAUCAUUAUAUAUAGUUUCUUCAUAUCUUUCGAUAAUCUACAGCCACAUCCCUCUAGGUAGCUACUUUGUAGUUAAAUUUACUUUUUGUAAGAAUACUUUGAUUUUACUUAAGUUAUUUGUUAAGAAUGUAUUGAAUUAUAGAUAAAGAGGUAAUUUUACUGAGUUGAAUAAAUCUUUUCAUGUAUUCAUGGUUUUCCUGAGAUUUAUUUUCCUUCUAGUGGUUUCUUUCCUUUCACAAAAAUAGCGAUUAGUCAUUAUCCUAUUAAAUAUCAUAAGCCAAUUAAACCGCCAAUUAUCCGUACUAUUCCGACAGAAAUGCUUGUAUUAUGUCGUAGACAACAACUCAGAAUGCAAGCAUUCAAAUAUUAUUAAAGACAUUAUAAAGAUUUAAUCUUUAAACGCUUAUACUUUUAACAGCUUUUAAGAAAGUCGACUAGGUACUGCCAUUUAUCCGGUACUAAUUGUUAUUAAAAUCUUUGUUUACAGGGUAGAUAGGAAAUCGCAAUACAGUGAGUCCAACAUAACACCCUAUAUAACUGAGAAAAUAAAAUGAAAUUUGAUUUAACAUUCAUCUGCUAUAAAUUAUUCAUGAGAUGACUGGAAAAAUCAUUAAGCUUGAUUCAUAUGUGUCAACAAGAUGACAAGAUCCCACAAUAUUGAGCAAACUUAACUGAUUAGACUAGAGGUGGGAACAUUCAAACAGGUGGUAACCCCUGGAAAUACGUUUGAAAGUGAAUACGAAUGUGAUAAUUAGUAUUCGAAACCAAAUUCAAUAUCCUUUCAAAACAACAUGAGGUGGUGAAGUAGGCUAAUUUCUCGACAUUAGUAAUAUAAUUGGUUUCAUCAGAUUUUAUAAUAUAGCUUUUACAUUAAGUUAUUGUUUUCAAUUUUUUGAUAAUUAAGAAACUCAACAAAAAGAAACAAACAAUUUUAACUACUGAAUUGUUUUCUUAAUUAUAAUAUAAUAUAAUAUAUAAUAUUUACCAAUACAAGAGAAUAUAAAUUCUAAAAUCCCUUAGUUAAAACCCCAAUAAAUGAACUUCUGUUAUUACCUUAAACGAAAUUAUUACUUUAUCAGAGGAUUAUUCGUAUUUUUAUCGUUACAAUUACUGUUAUUACAUAUCAUAUGUGAAUACAUAACAAAUGUUUAAAUGGACAGAUAGAUUAUUGACUUAUUAAGCGCCGAAGUAUCCGUAUUUACGGACUUUCAUGAAUUUUUUGUUUAGAAUAUUUACUGUCUCUAUCCAGUAUGUUAAUUGAUUGACCAUAGUUGAAAUGAUCUAUUAAGUAGAUAGGAGUUUUUAAACAAUACCUAUUAGUAGUCCUGCUUAUUUCACUAAAAAUAUGUCUAACCAAUAGAUGAAUACAUCAAAAAUAUACUGUAUAGGACAUUUAGAUAAUACUAUUGUGUCUAAAAAUCACUACGAAUAUUGUCAGUCAAUCUUAAAUUGUUUCCAACUUUAAUUCUGCCCAUUUAUUUCUAUCUGAAGUUUGUGCUGAUGAUGUCGUUUAGAAGAACGAUGAAAGAUCCACUACCAAGCCAUCCAGCUCAGAGAACAAAACUCCAUCAAAAUCAUUUAUUUGUCGUUAUUCACCUUCUUCCGUUUAUAUUCUUCCCUAUCUGAGUAGUUAUACACUUCUUACUAUAUAAUUUCAGUAAAUUUUAUUGAUUAUCAUCUGUGUUGAACUGCUGAAUGGAAAUUUAAUCCUUUUACUUCUCUUAUCGCAACUAACACAUCUACGUUUCUACUAAUAGCUGGUAUUUUUUGACCUAUUAUAUGUAGCUAUGCAAUCUACUUCAUUUUGAGAAUUGACUCAAAUUCCCCUUAUUGGUUAAAUAGUUUCAUAUAUCCAUAUAAAUAUUCUUGAAUAUUACAGUAAAGCCUGAUAACUAUCUCGUUGUGUGUUGUUCCAGUUUUCAUGAUGGUGAUAUUUAAUACCUCAUUUAAUUACCGCUUAUCGAGACUAGAUGCUUUAUAUGGUGUUCCUUCAAACAAGAAUUCACGAACAUAUAACUACCUAAAACUAAUCAGUAUAUCAAUGGGUCAUCAAAUAGAAUUACAAUCUAUUUAUUCAUUUUUUGGCUCCAUUGACUACUUAGCCAAAAUACUUUUUGACAUCAGACAAAUAUCUGUAGGACUUUAAUUGAAUGGUAACACUUACGUAUCUGAAUAAUUAUUCUGAAGAAAUUUAAAUCUCUUUAAUUUAUAUAACAAAUUAUAAGUGGAUGAGUUUCAAUGAAAUAACUUACUUUGGAUCCUAGAAAGUUGAUGCAUUACAACGAAGGUGAAUUUCUCGUAAGUAACAAUCUAUGAAAUUUGUUUAAUUACAGCAACCAAUAUUCAAAUUAUCUCUUAUCAUUCCCACCCAUACCAAGAAAUCACUCUCUUAUUCAAAUAUAUUUCAGAUAAAUUAUGCGAGAAAAGAGUCAUUUGACGUAGACUGAUACAAGUCUAAUAUAAUCUAUAUAGUUACUUGGAAAAUACAAAUUCCUAUGAAAGAUAUCUCCAUCCUUUUUCUAACCGAAUCAGUUAAGUGUUAAAAUCACAUGUUAAUUAUAAUUUUAACAUAUUAACUACCUCUAUGCAACAUAUAAGCCCAUCUUUCUUCUUCUAUAACUCAUUGAAAAUCAUUUUAGAAAAAGGAAAAGAAAGAAAAGAAAGAGAAAAAGGAGAAAAAAGAAAACAAAGAAGAAGAUGCAGGACCUCCAGCAGAAGAUAAAAAAGAGACAGCAAGUAGUGGAGGCGGUGGUGGUGGUAAACGAGCUCAAAGAGCUACUUCAAAUGUUUUUGGAAUGUUCCCUCAAAAUCAAAUUCAAGAAUUUAAAGAGGCCUUUACGUUGAUCGAUCAAAAUCGUGACGGAUUUAUUGAUAUUGAAGAUUUAAAAGAUAUGUACGCAUCGUUGGGUCGGACACCAACUGAUAAAGAAUUGAAAGAAAUGUUAGAUGAAUCACCUGGUCCAUUGAAUUUCACAAUGUUUAUCAACUUAUUCGGUGAAAAACUAAAUGGUACUGAUCCUGAAGACGCACUACGUAAUGCAUUCGCAAUGUUUGAUCCAGGGAACAAACGAUAUUUGGAAGAAGAAUACAUCAAAGAUCUUUUAGAAAAUAUGGGCGAUAAUUUCUCUGCUGAAGAGAUAAGACAAACGUGGAAAGAAGCUCCAAUUAAAGAAGGCAAAUUGGAUUACGAUGCAUUUGUAAAUCUCAUAAAGAGAGGCAAUCAAGACAUUUAGGACCAACAUUUCUAUAGAAAGGGUGAAAAUAAACUAAAUUCAUUCCCUUGCAUAUUCAGCCCCUUUUCCUAUUAUUAUGCUUUAAUGAAUAAAAUUCCCUGUUUUCACGCUAAACCAAAUACAUGCUUUCCCUCUUUGUUUUAGUUUUUAAAAUAUUGAUGUAUGUAUUCGAUUUCUUUUAUCUUUGAUGGUUAAUAUUAUUAUUAUUAUUCUGCAUGACUAGAAUAUUAUUUAUGAGAGUUAUUUGACUCGUUAUUUUCUGUUGGAAGGUCUAUUUAGUUUUAUUUCCAUUCAUUGAAACCUUUCCAGCUUUUGUCAACUAUUCAUUCCGUGCUGUGCUUUAGUUGUUGUGACCUUUAUAAUGUAACUUAUGAGAUGAAGCGUGUUAAAGAAUCCAAUCAUAGGUGAACGGCGACAGAUACCAGUUAUUUUCAGAUCUGAUAACUGCUGCUACUCAAAUAAUCUAAAAGCUUUAUAUCUUAUAAUCAAUCUGCUUACUUCAAAAAUCACCAUUCUUCCAUUGAUUAUACUUAUUCUUAAUGGACCAGAUCUCUAUAGUCUUUUGUAUCUAUCUUUCUUGUUGUUGAAUGUCUUUUCACUUUAUUCUAUUCUUAAUAAGUGUGCUUGAGAAAAGAAACUUCGAUUUAGCAUUGAAACCUUUCGUCACCGAUUCUUGUAUCAAGCAUUUACUCAAAGGAGAGGACAUUCCAUUCAAAUGUCCAAGUUUGUGUUUGGUUUAUUGGCGAUACAAAAUGGUCCUUAGCAUAUACAUUUUUCAGGAGCAUAGACUUACAAACGACACGAGACGAAAUGUUUCUAGUUUUCUGAAGAAAAGCCUGGACGGUGUAUAUCAUGGGUUAAUUUCAGUAGCUAAUAAACAAUAUCAAUCAUUGGGCAAAAGUGAAAUGAAUAUUUUUCUGCUGGAGACUAACUAAUUUCGUUGUGUUAUUCUCCAUUAAUUAAGCGUUGAUCUUGAACGGUGAUGAUCCCAGGUAAAUUGAACUUCACCGAUUAAAGUGUUUUCAAUCUGGGUUGGUUCAUUGCAAUCGAAAUGAUUUUUUUCACUUUAAAACAAAAUAUUUAUUCAUAUUACUUCCUAUAUGUGUGUUUGAUGUGACAACAAGUUUUCUUAAACUUUCAAUGUUUGUUUCUUAUUAUUUUUAUGAAUCUUCUGUCCCUACGUAUUACCUGUACACAUUAUUUUAUGGAACUGUUGUGUGUUAUGCGUGUUUUACUUCUUUUAUUUUUGCUUUACAGUUAUUUCAAUACAUUAAUCGUCUAGUUAGUUUGAUCG